AUGUCUGCCUGGAGAAAAGCCGGUUUUUCUUUCAACAAAUACGUUGCUAUCUCUUCUCAAACUCUUCGUUCUGUUUUGAAGGAAGACUUGAAGGUUGUUGCUGAAAAGCGUAACGAUGCUGAAGUCAGAUUCGUCAAGUUCAACGCCGGUGAACAACAAGGUGAACCAACUCUUUUGAGUUUGUCUAAAUAA